AUGGCAAAUGAUGCGGCAGCAUGGGCAGAAAGAGCUACAAAUGAUAUGUUGACUGAUCCAGACUGGGAUAGUAACAUUGAACUAUGUGAUAUCAACAUGAAUCCUAGUCAAGCAAAAGAAGCAAUGAUGGUGCUGAAGAAGCAGUUAGGAAAUACAAACCCUAAAGUCCAGAUUCUUGCACUUCAUGCGUUGGAGUCUUUAAGUAAGAAUUGUGGCGAGAACGUGUACCAGCUUAUCGUUGACUAUGAUAUUUUGAUUGACAUGGUCAAAAUAGUGAAGGAAAAGCCUGACCUAAAUGUGAGGGAGAAGGUACUAAGUUUGCUAGACAUGUGGCAAGAAGCUUUUGGUGGACGUGGUGGUCAAUACUCACAAUACUACAAUGCGUAUAAUGAACUAAGGUAUGCUGGAAUUGAGUUUCCACCUCGAACGCAAAGUAGUCCACCGUUGUUGCCUCCACCUCAGACUCAGCCCGUUCCAUCAGAAGAAGAUGUUGCUAUUCAAGCGUUGCUGCUAGGAGAUGAUGUUUCUAGCCUCAGCAUGGAAGAGAUUCUAAGGGCUGAGGGAUGCUUGGAGCACUUGAUCCCGGGUUUGAAAGUAGAUUUCAUAGUUGACUUAGUUGAGCAGUGUCGUACUUAUCAAAGACGUGUAAUGACUCUUGUGAACACUACAACAGACGAGGAGCUUAUGUGCCAGGGACUGGCACUGAACGAUAAUUUGCAAUGUGUUCUACAGCAUCACGAUGAUAGGGGCUCUAGAGGCAGCAUGACAACUCCUCCAGUUCAGCUAGUCAACAACAAUCAUGAUGAUGACAGUGACGAAUCAGAUGAUUACUUUCAGCUUUCUCACAGGUCUAAUAGAAACCUCGAUGCUUCCUCCUCCACCACCACCACCUAUGAGACCAGUACAUGA